AUGGACAACUCGCUCUACGAUAACUUCCGCUGGUUUGAAGAGGACGGAGAUCUUGACCUAAGACUGAACGAGUACCACGCGCAUGUUGCCAAGUCGAUGCCAAAUUUGCCGCCUCGAAGGCGGCCCUCUUUUCGAACGGCGCUAUCAUUUAACCCAGACGUUUCAACUCGCAAACUAACAUCGGCAGUGUCGCGUCAAAAAGCGCAAUCCGUGCGUCGAUCGUCGACGUUUCCGACAGCGCCGAUGAAUAUCACGGCUCGUAAUUCAAGUUCUCGACCGUCAUCGACCCAAACACAAGCCCAUAUACCUCGAUCUUCCACGUCCAGUAUCGAUCCAUCAGCGCAAUAUUAUCAGGACCCUGAGGCCCGCCUUAAACUGCGGGUCUACCUGGCCUCCCCGCAAAACUUUGAUGAAGCUGUUGAGUUCGGUUUUCCGGCUCAAAACAAUGAGAGAACCAUGCCAGCCGAACGCAAAACGAAGCCUCAAAUGUUUACUGGCACGUUCCUCGACGACGAGGAUUCACCUUUUUCAGACGAACAGUGUGAUAAGCGAAUGAACGUAGCUCGACUCUCGUAUGUGCACAAUUCUCGCUCAUUAGACUUCGGAUACCCAAAUCCAAGACACCAGUCAUGGUUGCUACCACCGAGGCCUGGCAACCAGCAGCAUGCCGGUAGCAACCGCGAAAUGACUCUGAAGAUGACGCUGACGAGACCCGACCUUCGGACGACUGUGCCACCACCCAGGGUGGACCCACAGAGGCUGCCACUGGAGGAUAGCGGUUCCCACGUAUGGGAAUCCAGUGAGGACGAGCAAGGGUUGAUGAGGAAAAUGUGGCUCACGGUCAUGAUUUUUCGAUGGCUUCUACUAGUGAGCUGCCUACUAUUGGCGCUCCUUGCCCAGCACGGUGCUGCGAAGUCAAGUUUGCCAAAAACUGCACCACCGACUAAGAUCGAUCAUAAACCGAGCUCGCUCUUCUACUUCGAUGACACGGACACUGUUCUUAUGAGUACGGUCAAUGGCGAUCUGCUUCGGUCAGUCGAUGCAGGCGAAACUUGGUCAGUUGUUGAGGGCGAUGACGGUGGCAUGAGACAUCAUGUUCUUUUAAUCAGACAGCACCCAUAUGACAAUCGGAAGGCCUACGCCUUGGGGCCCAACGGCCGUCACUGGGUUACAACGGAUCAAGCGAAAACAUGGACAUCAUUUAAUAUUGUUGAGUUUCCGGCGAUAAGGCAUUACCCCCUCGUGUUCCAUGGCGGGGACUCUAGCAAAGUGAUAUUCCAGGGCGAGGAAUGCGCAGGCCGGUAUUGUAUUGUAAGGUCAUACUACACGACAGAUGAUUUCGCUACGGUCAACUUGCUGCGUGAGAGCACUGGUGGAUGUGCUUGGGCUGUGGGACACCCGCAAUUUGCUGAAGAUGUUGAUUUGGCCGAGGAAAUCAAGGACCGUUCGUUCUGUGUCGUCCCGGGUUUGAAAGUGCCGCUUCCACACGCCAAUCGCCUUGUAUACUCUGAUGACUAUUUUAGGGGCAACGCUGAAGGCACGGAGACCAAGCUCCAAGAAGGGCGCCCUGUGUCAGGGGUCAUUAGCACCGCUGCAGUUAAGAAAUUCAUAGUAGCCGCGGCCAAAUCUAAAGGGACAGAGGAGCUCGCGUUUGGCAUGGGCGUGCUUUUUACUUCAAACUCGAAUGGCACCUAUUUCACCCGCAAUAUUGAACACACUAAUCGUAACUCGGAAGGCAUGGUCGACUUUGAAAAGAUUGCUGGUAUCCAAGGGAUAGUGCUGGUCAACACCGUACAGAAUCCAGAGGAAGUCGAAUCUGGUUCCGCCAGAAAGAAGAUUACCAGCAGAAUUAGUUUUGACGAUGGCAGGACAUUUCAGCCCUUGAAGUCAGACGGGGAAAACCUUCAUCUUCACUCUGUAACUGCGCUUACAAAUAUAGGACGGGUGUUUUCAAGCCCGGCACCGGGGCUAGUUAUGGGGGUAGGAAAUACAGGCAAUCAUCUCCAAGAAUACGCUGAAUGCAAUCUCUAUAUCUCAGAUGACGCGGGAGUGACCUGGCGCCGUGCUCUCAAGCAUCCCCACAAGUAUGAGUUUGGGGACCAGGGUGCCGUUGUUAUAGCGGUGCGUGAUGAGGGUAAAGUGGAAAAGAUCAAUUACUCCCUUGAUCAUGGCAAGGAAUGGGCGUCUGUCGAGCUCCAGCAUAAGAUUUACCCCACAAUGGUUACCACCACACCCGAUUCCACUAGUUUGAAAUUUAUUAUUAUUGGUUCCUUAGAGGAAGGUCAAGAUGGUGAACAUGUCAUUUACUCGAUCGACUUCAAUGGCCUCCAUGAGAGGAAAUGCGACGAUGGUGACUUUGAGAAAUGGCCGGCUAGACUGGACGAACAUGGCGAACCAGAUUGUUUGAUGGGCCAUAAACAAUUUUACAGGCGCAGAAGGGCCAACGCGAACUGUUUUGUGGAUGAGGAAUUUAAGGACCCGGAGCCGAUUUUUGAAGCAUGCAAGUGCACAACGGACGAUUUCGAGUGUGAAUACAGGCGCACCGGGGAUGGGAAAGGUCCCCCGACUGACGGCAAAAUUGGGGUGACUUUGCAGUUGUUCGAUGCAAGAGACUACGCGCAGUAUUAUUAUUUAGAACGACAGUCCAGUAGCUCCGGCAGUGACGAAACCAUCAUAAUGCUAAACAGUGAGCACGAGGUCUAUGUGACGCAUGAUCAUGGCAAGACAUGGGAAAGGCCGCUGAAGGGAGAAGAAAUUACCAGAGUCUAUCUGCACCCUUAUAGCAGCGACGUGGCCUUCCUUCUUACCGAUGGCAAAGAGGGCUUUUGGACUGAAGACCGUGGCUAUACUUUCAACCCAUUUCAGGCUCCGGCUCCGCCCACUCAGGAUCGCUUCCUGCAAACUAUAGCGUUCCACCCAGUGCACAAGGAUCGGCUAAUCUGGACCGGCGCCGUGGAUUGCCACUCCGGUGACUGCCAUUCGGACGCUUUUAUCAAAAAAGGGCAUGAUAAGAACUGGGAACCUUUACUGAGCUAUGUCCAAAAAUGCGAGUUCGAAAAUAGAGAAACCCGGCCAAACAGUACAAACCUCGUAUACUGCGAACAGUUUGAAAAGCACAGCAAGAACGGUCGACUGCAAUUGUUGUCGAGCGAUGACUUUUUCAGUGACAACGAGAUCAAAUUUGUCGAUGUCAUAAACUACGCUACAAUGUCAGAGUUCAUCAUUGUAGCAUCGCGGCAGCCAGAAAACCCUGAUUCAUUGGUAGCUAGUACGAGCGUUGACGGUAGGACUUUCGCAAGAGCACAAUUCCCGCCAAACGUUCAAGUGCCUGUUCAAACCGCAUAUACCGUGCUCGAAAGCUCAACGCACGCUGUUUUCCUGCAUGUGACGGCGAGCAGCACAGAAGGGGGUGAGUAUGGCCCUAUUAUCAAAAGUAAUAGCAACGGGACAUCGUACGUUCUUAGCAUCAGCGCAGUCAACCGAAACAGUCUGGGUUAUGUCGAUUUUGAGAAAAUGCAGGGCUUGGAAGGGGUGGCUGUUGUAAACGUUGUCAGCAACGUGGCUGAAGUCUCGAAGAAAGCGCCAAAAAAGCUCAAGACUAUGAUCACUCAUAAUGAUGGAGCGCAAUGGAUGUUACUUCCCCCUCCAGCGAAGGACGCGGAUGGCAAAAACUUUGGCUGUUCGGUUGUAGCAGGGAAAGGCACGGAUGACUGCUCACUCCAUCUUCAUGGCUAUACAGAGCGCAAAGAUGAACGGGACACUUUUGCUUCUGGAUCCGCAAUUGGUCUGAUGAUGGCUGUGGGUAAUGUGGGUGACCAUCUAGCCGGUGGAGAUGAAGCGGAUACGUUCCUCACAAAUGAUGGUGGGAUUAGCUGGAAGUCCGUCAAGAAAGGGAAAUACAUGUGGGAAUACGGUGACUCCGGCUCGGUUAUUGUUAUUGUGCCCGAGUCCAAGCCCACCAAAACUAUACACUACAGUCUCGAUGAGGGCGAUACCUGGGAAGAAUUUCGGUUUUCAGAUGUAGAAGUGCGGAUUAACGAUAUUUCAACCGUGCCAUCCGAUACAUCAAAGAACUUCCUGCUUUGGGCUAGAGUGUCUAAUUCUGAAGUCCAAGAUAAGUUCGCCACGUUCAACAUUGAUUUCAGUGGAGUCCGCUCGAGACCAUGCUUGUUGGAUGAAAGUCAAGGGGAUAGUGAUGACUAUUAUAUCUGGGAGCCAAAGCACCCCUUCCAGGAGAAUAAUUGCCUGUUUGGCCACAGUGAACAAUAUCAUCGCAAAAAGCCGUCAGCCCAAUGUUGGAACGAUUGGCGAGAAUCCCACAUUCACAGCAUCGGAACGAAUUGUACUUGCACGAGAGCUGAUUAUGAAUGUGAUUACAACUAUGAACCUCAGAGCGAUGGUAGCUGUGCUCUCGUUCCGGGACUUCCUAAGCCGGAUGCUAUGGAAGUCUGUAAAAAGGAUCCUGACACAAUUGAGUACUGGGAGCCAACCGGAUACCGCCGCAUUCCACAAACAACUUGCCAGGGCGGUCUGAAUCUGGACCAUUUUGUCUCCAAACCCUGUCCUAACAAAGAGGAGGAAUUUAAACAAAAGCACGGCAUAAGUGGCGUGGGCCUGUUCUUUGCCAUUAUGACCCCUCUUACUGUAGCAGGAGCUGCUGGUUAUUAUGCCUAUAGCAGGUGGGAUGGCAAGUUUGGGCAGAUUCGCCUUGGAGAAGAUGCGGGCACCUCGCAGAGCUUCCUGUCCCGAGACUCAUGGUUUGUCACAGUGCCGAUUGCGAUUGUGGCAGGCAUCGUGGCCGUUGCCAGAGCUCUUCCGCUUCUAGUUACGAGUCUGUGGCGGGGUGCCAGUGGAUUUAUUCGCCUUGGACGGGGCAGGGGUUAUUCAAGGCCCUACGCAUCUCGCGGUUCGUUUGCAGCGCGCCGAGGCGAUUAUACUAGCAUUGUUGAUGAUGAGGAUGAGCUUCUCGGCGUGGAGGACGCUGAAUUGGAUGAAGAUGAUGAGGCUUGA